AUGGACACGGGAGCUCUGAGGGAGUGGUUCAGUCGAGUUGACUUGGAUAACAAGGGGAAUAUCUCUGCUACCCAGCUCCAGGUCCCAUUUCUUCCGCGGCUCGUCCUUUUGACUGCAAUUCACUGAUCCAUUGCUCUGAGAUUUCCCAUGCUUUCUUCCUUCCUCUUGUUUCAAUACUGUGGAACUCAAUGUGUCAGGCUGCGUUGGCUGUGGGUAACCUGAAAUUCUCCAUCUCCAUAGUUCAGCAGAUGAUCAGGUUUUGCGCAUGAUUCUGAUUUACUGACGCAGCUUCUCGUAUGUUUUCUCCCACUCAUCGUGGUUAUGGGUUUUUUCUAUGCAGGAUGUAUGAUUUUGACGGGAACGGCACCAUGAAUUUCGAAGGUUAGUCCUUUUUUUCUGUUUUGUGAUUUGAGAGAGAGAGAGAGAGAGAGAGUGGUUGGGAGACCCGUUUUCGUUGAAAAUUUUUCCUCUCGCAUAAUUGCUUUCCCGUAGCGCGCAAAAUGGGACGAAUGAUUGCCGCCUCUUCAUGAAUCUUCUGCGAGAAUAACUGCCUACUCUGAACACUCGCCGCAUUCUUCAUCAACUUGUGUAGUGAAUGUAGUCACAUAAAACGUAUAGGAAAAAAAAAGGCUGAUGAAUACACGCAAAGAAGUGAAAGUGGAAUAAAAAGGGAAGGAAGAGGUGGAACGAACAAGUACUGAGUCGAAGGAAGGGAGUCAGGAAAGAAGGGGGAAAUUACGAGAGGAAAAUAUGUGGGGAAGGGAAAAAAGUGAAAAAAGGAAAAAAAAGGGGAUAAGGAAGAAACUGAGGGUGUGUUUGGAGGCGGGAAAGAAUAACAAGCUGGAAUAGAAUGGGAAAAUGAUGACAAUGGGAAAUCAGACUUUGAUCCCUAUGUAGGGGAUGCGGAUAAGUUAUUUACUUUGCAUUUAAAUCGUUUUUCUACUGGGAUUUUUGGAACCGAAAGGAAACCUUAGACAAUGCCCCACAUGACCAACAAACUGGUAUCCAGCUUGUGAUGUGCUUUUUAGUUUUUAGGAUAAUUGACUGAGCAUCCCUUUGCUUUUGAAUGCUACAUUGAAGAGAUGCUUUGUGCAUAGAUGGCUGUUUCCACUCUUCUCACACUGGUGUUGUUUUAGAGAUUAGAGCCUCAACUUUCAAUCAUCGAUUGAAUCCCAAAGUUCCCUUUUCAAUCACGAUUGAAAUACAUGUGUCACAAAGCUUGCGUUUGGAUUUCUCUUCUUAAGCUGGGGCCUGUGAUAUCUUUUCCUAUCUUUCUUUGAAUACGAUUGUAUGUGACAUAUUACACUGGAGUGUGGAUUAUUGUCCUCUAGUACUCAUCUUCAGGGAUAAGUGUACUGUGAACAUAUCUUUUGUAAAAUUAAUGUCCAUCUAUCAUUGUUUAGCUUGAGCUAGAAAUAUGGAAAACACGAAUUGUCAUGGGACUGCUAUUUCUUUUGUUAUUUUUGACUGGUGUGAGCUAGAGUGGAAAACAUGAAUUGGCAUGAGGUAGCUAUUUGUUUGUUACAAAUCUUGGAUUGCAAGAACAUCAUGAUUUGUUUUCUCGAAGUGCAUAAUUAUGAAAGGCCCACAAUUCGCUUCUUCAGAAAAGAGUAUCAUAAUUCAUUUGUAGAAUUCAUUAAGAUCGCCUACUAGUGUUCUAAGAUGUGCACACUUGCAAUGGUGGUACGAAGUAAAGGAUCUGUGCCAAAACCUACUUCCGAAUCCUCAAUCUUGGUCAGCUGAUAAUACUUUCGUUCAUCCGCACUAGAUAUAUGAAACUGAUAAGUCUGAAAUGUUUUUCUUUAGCUUUAUGUAGACAAACAUUAAGGAAUUAAAAACUGAUGACACCCAGCAUCACUGGUUACGUUCUUUUCUUUUAGUGGAUAAUUUAUUUCCUGCGAUCUUUCAAUGAUACCUCACUGAUGAAGAUUGGCUGCUUUUCAUGUUCUGCAGAAUUUGUUGCCCUCAAUAAAUUCCUUUUCCAGGUCAGUGCUUCUAAUUCAUCUUGGAUGUUACUGAAACAAUUCCUUAUUAUUGGCACAAUAUACACUCCUUUGCAUCUUCUUGGAUUCCAUUCAAUUCAUCUACCAUUUGCUCACAGAGUAAUAAAAAAUAAGCCUUUUUCUGUUGGUCAUAUUUUGUCUCAUCUUUUCCUUUUUUAUACUCAUCUAAAAACUGUCUUUUAAAGGAAAUUGUAUGGUUUACCAUCAAUUCAGUAUAAAAAAUAAUGGAAUAUCUAGAAGUUGAUUGAGACAUUUGAAUCAUUAUAGCCGAGUAAGAGAAAUAUAGCCUUAACCCUUCACAAUGAAUGAAUCAAAGUGUACUAACAAAGGCCUUACGAAAUUUCUUCAGAGGACUUCAUUUUACAGCAACUCACUACUUCAUCCAGUUAGCACUUCAUCACUCAUCUUGCAAGACCUAAAGCGACUGGAGAAGUUGACUACUCUAGAUUUUGUUGAUUCUCUAACUUUUCACGGGGACAGCUCCUUUGAGUCAUGACAUAGCAGAAUUAGUUCUUAAAUUUAUAACUGAAUAAUAUGCCGUUAAAGAGUCAUCCCUGAUUUAGCCACCCCGAAAAAGAAGAAAUCAUCCCUUGAAGAUCAUUUCUAGAUUUUAAGAACUAAGAAAUGAUCUUCAAGGGAUUCUAAGCAUCCAUUAAAGACUUUUCCAUCCUUUGAUGUCUGUAGUAAAAUCUUAUGGCCUGUUCUAAAUGGAUUGCGGAGAAAAGUUUCUUUAAGCCAGAGAAAAGAUUCAAACAAGAGAUUCUUACAUGAUCAAUUAAAACAAUGACGGCCGAGAUUCAUUCUCCCCCCCUCCCCCCCCCACGCGAGGUAAUGGCAGGCAAUUGCAGUCACCACUUUCAGACUGCCGAAAAUGGAAAACCUGGGGGAUGUGACUAUGUCAGAUUAAAGACUGGUUUUUACUCUCCGAAUAAAGGAAAAUCAGCCAAUCAUUGUUUAUUCCACUAUGGGUGAAGCAUACUGAAGUAAGAUGGUACGCGAUCAGUUUCCAAGUCACCCGCUGGUCGGUUGUCUGUCUGUUGGAGGAUGACCAGGAAUAUGUAUGAUGUGACAAAUCAGUUUUAUCUUUUUAGAUUUUCUUCGUUCUUUGAACUGAUAUUAUAUAAUGUACGUUAUGCGUGUCAAAACUGCAUUUGAACCCUUUACUCUUCUCGACAUAUAAAAAAGGAAUCUGGUAUUCAUAACCUAUGUACAGUGUUUUUAAUCAGCGCAGCUUUAUUAAUAAAUAAAUAAAACCUUGCUCUUCUUCACAGCAUAACUGUCGAGCUUACUAUUUUUUCUACUGAAUGAAAUUUUUUCACUAUAUCAACGUAUACCAUGUUUAAAUAGUUCUUUUACCGCCUAGGUUUUUCCUCAUGCCUAUUUAAAGAUGUACUCUUCAGACUUACGUUUAUGAAAAUUGAUGUAGGUUCAGGAUGCUUUUUCAGCUUCAAGCAGGUAUUCCCCACACUUCAAAACCAUGAAACAACACUUUCUUCAAGAAUGAUUUAGUCGUCGUAUUUAUGUGAAUUCUUCCUGUAUGUUACACAUCUAUCUUGUUUUUUGUGCCUGAUUCUGAGUAUACGACAUUACUUCGAAUGUUUUCAUCUUCUUAUUUUCUCUGUUCAUAGGAAAGUCACUGCUUCUGUGCUAAAACUUCCAUUACCCGUGCACCACUCUGCCACAGGAUUAGAUCUUAUGAAUGAACUGUAAAUGACACCAACUUUACUGAAUUAACGAGAAAGAAUUUUAUCUCUGAUUUUCUUGGUACGAAUCCUUGUGGUGACUUUACUCACUCCAUGUGCUGCAUACUUUUUACAUACAUUUUUCAUGUCUCUAUGGUGAAGGAACUUUAAAGGACUCUCUACGGUGAUGUCAUUCUUUCUCCACAAUAGCUUCAAAGAAACCCAGUUGCAUGCUCUUUCUUUCUCUGAUCUGUGUAUAAUUCACUUGAAGGCCCCGUGUUGAGAAACCCUUUUGGCCUACUCCGCACUCCUUUGAAUUCUGGAUCCUUUUUCUCCGGUUUUGUUUCUACUGCUGGUUCAUAAUCACAGGGAGAGGCUUCUGUCAGUCAAUAAGCUACCCAUACAAGUCCUUUGCACUUCCUCUGUAGAGAAAUAUCCCUCAAACCCUCCUCUUUUCACUGCAUUGUUUCGUAGGGGCCAGGGAUUCCUCGCUCCAGACGGUGUCUACGAGGUACUUCAACAACACAGGAACCUUUUUUUUUUUUGGGUUCAUAACGAGGGGUGAUCGACUAAAACCACCAUGCGAUUCUGCAUCGCUUGUCGAGUUGCAGGCGUUGAAGAUUGUGGGCUUCUCCUUAGAUUCCCCCUCCUUCUACACAGUCUGUGAGGUACCGCAGACUUCAACUCCCCUCCUCCCUCAGAUUAUUGGCCGCAUAUAUACAUAUUGUUCUUCAUUGUCUCAGACCUUCGAUCAAACCAAGAAAGGACGGUUUCUCUUGGACAGCUUCAUUUCGCUGUGUAUAUUUGUGCAGUCGGCCCGGUGAGGAACUCUCUUGCUUGGGCUUUUGUUUCAUAGUUGUCUUCUUCUCCCGGCAUGAUCCCACAAGUUUCUUCCCGUUUUCUUGUGGCAUGGGCUAGUGAGAGAAUUCAUCUCACGGACAGAUGACUCUCUCUCUCUCUCUCUCUCUCUCUCUAUCUCUCAUAGGAAUCUGUUCAACUCCUUUGAUGCAUCCAAACAAGGCAGAGUGACUCUGGACUUCAACCAGUUCGUUUACUGCGGUGGGUACUCUCCAAGGCGACUCCUUUCUUGCCGCGGGCACUCUACUCUGUUCAUCACAUUUUCUUUUUCCGACGCAGCCGCCAACUGUAGGAUCUGA